AUGAAAGCUAUUCUUGUCCUGUUUGCCGCAAUUGGCGCUCGAGCCUGUCAACGUGAACGUGCACUACAACACCACCCCCACAAGCAUAUCAAGCGACAGUCUACCUUUCCCCCAGCCUUGACCCCAGACGAGGAGCUUCUGCUGAACUCUUUUGACACAGCCUCGAUAUCUGACUGGUCAUACUACUACACUCAUGGCGCUCAUUUGGCUGGUCGUAACAAAACCAUGGCAGAAUGGACUGUCAUGAAGUGGUCCGAGUAUGGCUUCACAUCGAGACUUGACGAAUACUAUGUCUUCUUAAACUAUCCCGUCUCUCACUCCUUGGAACUCACGUACAACAAUGGCAGCACAUAUACUCCGACUCUGCGAGAAGCUGUACUUGAUGAAGAUCCAACGACCAGCUACGCCGACAGUAUCCCUACCUUUCAUGGCUACUCCUUCACAGGCAAUGCAUCUGCCGAAUACGUCUACGUUGGGCGAGGCCAGCAAGUCGACUUCGACCGCUUGGAAGCACUUGGUGUCCAACUUGAGGGCAAGAUCGCACUCGCCAAAUACGGCGGGCCUUUCCGAGGACUCAAAGUCAAAAACGCCCAAGAACACGGUAUGAUAGGCACUGUCAUCUUUAGCGACCCUGGCGAUGAUGGCAAUAUGACUGAAGCGAAAGGAGUCGCCGCUUACCCUCACGGUCCAGCGAGGAACCCCACAACUGUUCAACGCGGAUCAGUUCAAUUUUUGAGCACAUACCCGGGAGAUCCGACUACCCCUGGCUAUGUCUCCAAGCCAGACUCUCCAAGAGCAGAUCGCAGCAGUAUUACCCCACAGAUACCUAGUCUGCCAAUCUCCUGGAUUGAGGCACAGCCGCUUCUGAUGGCUUUGAAUGGCUUUGGAACUAACGGUACUGAGGUCAAUAGAACGGGCUGGGUCGGCGCUAUUCCCGGCGUCAACUAUUUCACGGGAGAAGGAUCUGGCUCGACACUCUCCAUGUCUAAUAUAAUGAACGAUACUUACGGUAGUAUCUGGAACGCUGUAGGUGUCAUCAAUGGCACAAACGAAGACGAAGUCGUCAUUGUCGGAAACCACAGAGACGCGUGGAUCGUUGGCGGAGCUGCUGACCCCAACUCUGGUUCUGCCGUGCUUAUCGAGCUCGCAAAGGCAUUCAGCGCUCUCUCUAAGACGGGAUGGAAACCACUGCGUACAAUCGUCCUCUGCAGUUGGGAUGCCGAAGAAUAUGGUCUCGUUGGAAGCACCGAGUGGGUAGAAGAAUACAUUCCGUGGCUGAAGAAUGCCGCUGUUUCCUACCUGAACAUCGAUGUUGCUGUCGCAGGCCCAAUCCCAGAUGUUUCAGCAACUCCUGAUCUCCACGCCAUCGCCACCAACGUGAUGAAGAAGAUUGUAUACCCCUACCGUAACAACACCGGCCUCACCAUGUACGAUGUGUGGUCCCAUGAGAGUGGCGAAAUAGGCGUCCUCGGCAGCGGAAGUGACUACACGGCCUUCUUGCACCGUGGUAUCGCAUCCAUCGAUAUGGGAGCUGGUGGUGGACCUGAAGAUCCCGUGUAUCACUAUCACUCUAACUAUGACUCUUACCACUGGAUGACCGCGUUCGGCGAUCCUGGCUUCCAUACGCACAAGGCCAUUGGACAGUACCUCACGCUCUUGUUGUACCACAUGGUUUCUGACCCUGUUCUGCCUCUAGAACCCGCCGACUACGUUUCCGAACUCAACACCUACCUGGCCGAUUUGGAAGCCGACAUUAAUGCCAGCCACUAUACACUUGAUCUGUCGAAUCUCACAGCCGCCAUCUUGCAACUUGAGGAUUCCGCAAAGGAGUUCGUCGACCUGAGGAAUGAGGCGAUCGCUGCAAACAAUACUGCCCUCAUUGCGGUGCAGAACCACAAGGCUCGUGAUUUCUCGAGAGGCUUCACAAGCCAAGGCGGACUACCUACCAGAGAGUUCUUCCAAAAUACCAUUUUCGCCCCUGGGAGAGAUACGGGAUAUGCCCCGGUAACAUUCCCGGGUAUCACGGAAAGCAUCACUUUUGAUAAAGAUGUAACACUCGCGGAGAAGUGGGUGCAGAAGACUAGCGAUGCCAUUUUGGUCGCUGCGAGCAUUCUCAAGACAUAG